GAAAGUGCUGCUAGACUACACCGCGAGCGAUGCUGCGCGCGGCGGCGGCGGCGGCGCGCCGGCGUGUCUCGUCGGAACCCGGAAGACUCUUGCACGCGGUCCCGGACCAGCGAGAGCUGCAGGGGGCGUUGUGGCCGCUCUACGCGAGGCUGUCGGCGCAGUUGGCAGCCACGGCGGGGUCGUCGGGGACCGUGGCGGAGGAGCUCGGCCGGUGGCUCCGCGAGAGGCGCCCGCUCUCGGAGGAGCAGCUCCUCUUCUGCGUGCACAGGUUCCGCAAGUUCAAGCAAAACAGGCACGCCCUCGAGUUGAUGGACUGGAUGGAAGCUCGUGGAGUGAACUUGCAGCUCAAGCAUCAUGCUUUGCGGCUUGAUCUUGUUAGCAAAGUGAAUGGUAUACAUGCUGCACAAGAAUACUUCUGGAGCCUUCCAGAUGUUUUCAGGUCAGUGAAAACAUAUUGCACUCUGCUUAACUGCUAUGCUGAGCAUGGGAUGGCAGACAAAGGCCUUGAACUCUUUGAAAAUAUGAAAGCAAUGAAUAUGGUUUCUGAUAUACUAGUAUACAACAAUUUGAUGUGCUUAUUCCUGAAGACGGGCCAACCAGAGAAAAUCCCCACUACAUUUGUAAAACUGCAAGAAAGUGGUAUGGAAGCAAAUAACUUUUCAUACUUUGUGCUAACAGAAAGCUACAUUAUGAUGAAUGACAUAGAGUCAGCUGAGAAGGUCCUGAAAGAAUUGCAGAAGAUGAAUUCUGUUCCUUGGUCUUUGUAUACUACAAUCGCCAAUGGUUAUAUUAAGCUGCAGCAGUAUGACAAAGCAGAAUUGGCCCUAAAGAAAGCUGAGGAAGUUCUUGACAAACAUGAUGCUGUCUCUUGGCAUUUUCUUCUAUCCCUCUAUGCCCGUUCUGGCAACUUGUCUGAGGUCAAGAGAAUCUGGGAGAAUUUGAAGUCUGCAUUCAAGAAAUGCACAAAUAGAAGCUACCUGGUGAUGCUUAAAGCUCUGAAAAGGUUGGACGAUUUUGACUCCAUGCAGCAAAUCUUUCAGGAAUGGGAAUCAAGUCAGGAGCAGUAUGACAUGAACAUACCAAAUGUUAUCAUUCAAGCUUAUCUUGAUAAGGGCAUGACAGACAAAGCUGAGGCUAUGCGUCAGACAUCCAUGUCUCAGGGUCAUUCCAAUUACGGAACAUUUUUCAUAUUCGCAGAAUUCUAUUUGGAGAAAUCUAAAAUCAAUGAAGCAUUGCAGGUCUGGAGAGAUGCAAAGAAUAUGCUGAAGGGGCAAAAUUGGGUGCCAUCAAAGCUUGUUAGCAGAUUUCUGAAGCACUUUGAGGAUUCAAAGGAUGCAGACGGGAUGGAGGCGUUCUGUGAAUGCCUGAGAAAGCUCGAUUGGCUUGAUGCAGAAGCUUAUGAAGCCUUGAUCCGGACCUAUAUAUCUGCAGGUAGAACAAAUCCAUCCAUCGUUCAGCGCAUCGAAGAUGACAGGGUUGAUAUUCGGCCUGAAAUGGUUGAAUUGCUUAGAGCUGUCUCCACUGAAGGAGGAAAGGAAGGAGUUCAGAGUUGAGAAUAAGGACAUGUUUCAAAUUUUGCCAUUUGCUUCAUGUUGUUAAGGCAACAAAAUGGGCAAAAAGGACACGUUUGAAUCAGGGUUACUUUCAACCUAGUCAAGGAUUAUUACCAGAAUUGUCAGAUUUAGUAAUUAGCCUGAUAGGUCACCUAAGUUAUUAAUUAAGAAUUAAUGAUGUUCAAUAUUAGUUUAGACUUGUUAUUGUUUAUUUCAAUCUUGACUGCCUUGGUUUAGUUCGAUCUUCUAAGUUUGGGAAAGAUGAUCAUCGACCUGAUUAAUAUUACACAUACUUGGUUUUUAAGCUAAUAAUUUAUGUUUGUACAUAAUUCAAUAAACAGUCUUAUUGACCUAUGCUCAAUGA